AACAAUGAACCACAGUUCAGUUCUGCUUUUGCUGCUCCUCCUGGGAACGUGCUCUGCUUACACCUAUCAAAACGUGGCCUUACGUGGAAAAGCAACCCAGUCAGACCGUUAUUUGUAUGCAUUUGGGGCUGCCUACAAUGCUAUUGAUGGAAACCGUGAUUCUAACUUCGGGGCCGAUUCAUGCACUCACACUGAUGGACAUACCAACCCCUGGUGGAGAGUGGACCUGCUGGAGUCCUACAUCGUCACCUCCGUCAUCAUCACCAACAGAGGAGACUGCUGUGCAGAAAGACUCGACGGGGCAGAGGUUCACAUCGGCAACUCUUUACAGGAAAAUGGUGCCGCAAACCCAGUGGCUGCCGUAAUUCCUAAUAUCCCAGCAGGCAGGUCUUUAAAAAUGACUUUUACCAGACUUGUGGAGGGACGUUAUGUGACUGUGGUUCUACCUGGUUUAGGACGAGUCCUUACACUCUGCGAAGUGGAAGUCUACGGGUACCGUGCCCCAACUGUUUCUUCCCUCCCACCGGAGGUCACUUUGUUCUGCAGAGAGCAUCAAGGAAAACUAAUUAUCAGUGCUGAUGUUUGCAAAUGUGUCCUUUAUGCAGGAGAGAACCUGGCACUCCAAGGAAAAGCUACUCAGUCAUCACUGCAUUCUACAGGCAUUGCCUAUAAUGCUAUAGAUGGGAAUCGUGCUGCCUCCUGGAGCCAGGGUUCUUGCAGUCACACAGGCUUAAACUUGAACCCCUGGUGGCGACUGGACCUGGGCAAAACCCAUAAAGUGUUUUCUGUCAACAUAACCAACUACAGUAAUGAGCCCUUUCGAAUAAAUGGAGCCGAGAUCCUAAUUGGAGACUCUCUUGAAAAUAAUGGCAACAACAAUCCCAGGUGUGCUGUGAUCUCAAGCAUCCCUGGAGGUUUCACCAAAACCUUCCAGUGUAACAGGAUGGACGGUCGCUACGUUAACAUCGUCAUUCCUGGAAGAAGCGAGUACCUGGUCCUCUCUGAGGUGGAGGUUUACGGCUCCAGACUGGAUAGAGCACAGGAAUCGCUUAGUUUGGGUUUGGGUUCGGAAGCCUUUUUUUCUUUGUCAUUGAAUCAUCAGACGGUCGGGGUCUCCAGAAUGAUGAAACUCAGUGUUUUCCUUCUGAUGCUCCUCCUGGAGACAUGCUCAGCCAUCACUUAUGAAAAUGUGGCUUUGCGUGGAAAAGCGACCCAGUCAGACCGUUAUGAGCACGCGUUUAGUGCUGCCAACAGCGCUAUUGAUGGAAAUCGUGAAUCUACUUUCUAUUUCGGAUCAUGCACCCACACUGACGAAGAGAACAACCCCUGGUGGAGAGUGGACCUGCUGGAGUCCUACAUCGUCACCUCCGUCAUCAUCACCAACAGAGGAGACUGCUGUCAACAGAGGCUCAACGGGGCAGAGGUUCACAUUGGAAACUCGUUACAAGACAAUGGUGCCGCAAACCCAGUGGUUGGUACAGUUCGUGGUGCAAAACAGUCGUACACUCUGACUUUCACUGAUCGUGUGGAGGGACGUUAUGUGUCUGUGGUUUUGCCGGGAAGAGGGUAUCUUACGCUCUGCGAAGUGGAAGUCUAUGGGUACCGUGCCCCAACGGGAGAGAACCUGGCACUCCAAGGAAAAGCCUCACAGUCAUCACUAUAUAUGUUUGGCACUGCAUAUAACGCCAUAGACGGGAAUCCUAACAGCCAUUGGGAGGACGGCUCCUGCACUCACACAAAAAACAACAUCAACCCCUGGUGGCGACUGGAUCUGCAAAAAACACACAAAGUAUUUUCUGUUAAGAUAACCAACCGAGACGAAGACGCAGAACGACUCAAUGGAGCUGAGAUCCGCAUUGGAGAUUCUCUUGCAAACUAUGGCAACAACAAUACCAGGUGUGCUGUGAUCACAAGUAUCCCGUCAGGUGGUGUCCAAGAGUUUGAGUGUAAUGGGAUGGACGGUCGCUACGUCAAUAUAGUCAUCCCAGGAAGAGAAGAGUUCCUGAGUCUGUGUGAGGUGGAGGUGUAUGGCUCUCGCCUGGAUUUUAACUGUCGAUGCCUCAAAGCAGUUCCUGUGAGCAGUGAUCCAGAGGGCCACACCUCACAACUUACCCUUCCAGGUGGUAGUCUGAUUGACCUGCCUGGUCUGCCUGCAGUAGCUAUGGGUGGCGUUUGGGACUUGGGCAAGAACUUCAGAUACAUACCUGCCCAUGAGAUUGCCAAGUCUCUGGGUCCUGACAAAUCCAAGGCCCUUCCUGUGCUCCAUGCCUUCACUGGCUGUGACAUAGUAUCUAUAUUUGCAACUAUGAGCAAGAAGAGAGCAUGGGAUACGUGGGGUGCCAAUGACAUGGCAACAGAGGCGUUCAUGGCUCUGUCAAAGGCUCCAAAAAGCAUUCGAGAGGAGGUCAUUUACAUUGUUGAGCGCUUCCCAAUUCUCCUCUACGAGCGCACCAGCAGCCAACUCAACAUCGAUGAAGUUUGUCUUGAGUUGUUCACAAAGAAAGGAAGAGGAAUGGAGAAAAUCCCCCCAAUUAAGGAUGCACUGGUGCAGCACCUCAAAAGAGCAGUAAUGAUGAUACUCAGUGUUUUCCUUCUGCUGCUCCUCCUGGAGACAUGCUCAGCCAUCACUUAUGAAAAUGUGGCCUUGCGUGGAAAAGCGACCCAGUCAGACCGCUAUGAGCACGCGUUUGGUGCUGCCGACAGUGCUAUUGAUGGAAACCGUGAAUCUAAUUUCCAUUCCGGAUCAUGCACCCACACUGACGAAGAGACCAACCCCUGGUGGAGAGUGGACCUGCUGGAGUCCUACAUCGUCACCUCCGUCAUCAUCACCAACAGAGGAGACUGCUGUCAACAGAGGCUCAACGGGGCAGAGGUUCACAUUGGAAACUUGUUACAAGACAAUGGUGCCGCAAACCCAGUCUGUGCUUUGAUCACAAGCAUCCCGGCAGGUGAUACUGUUGAAUUCCAGUGUUCCGGCGGGAUGGAUGGCCGAUAUGUUACCAUAGUUGUCCCUGGAAGAGAGGAGUACCUGACCCUGUGCGAGGUGGAGGUGUAUGGGUACCGACUACCAACUGGAGUGAACCUGGCACUCCAAGGAGAAGCCUCACAGUCAUCAGUGUAUUUUGGUGCCGAUGCAUCUAGGGCCAUUAAUGGGAAAAAAAACACCUGCAUCUGGGGUGAUGAGUCCCUCAGUAUCACAAACGAAGAGCUCAACCCCUGGUGGCGACUGGAUCUGCACAAAACCCACAAAGUGUUUUCUGUAAAAAUAACCAACCGAGCUGAGGAUGCCCCAGAACGAAUCAAUGGAGCUGAGAUCCGCAUUGGAGAUGAUCUGGUAAACCAUGUCAGCAAUCCCAGGUGCGCUUUGAUCACAAGCAUCCAGGCAGGUGCUACUGUUGAAUUCCAGUGUUCCGGCGGGAUGGAUGGCCGAUAUGUUACCGUAGUUAUCCCUGGAAGAGAGGAGUUACUGACCCUGUGCGAGGUGGAGGUGUAUGGGUACCAACUACCAACUGGAGUGAACCUGGCACUCCAAGGAGAAGCCUCACAGUCAUCAGUGUAUUAUGGUGCCGAUGCAUCUAAUGCCAUUAAUGGGAAGAAAGACACCUGCAUCUGGGGUGAUGGGUCCCUCAGUGUCACAAACGGCGACCUCAACCCCUGGUGGCGACUGGAUCUGCGCAAAACCCACAAAGUGUUUUCUGUAAACAUAACCAACCGAGCUGAGGCUGUCCCAGAACGAAUCAAUGGAGCUGAGAUCCGCAUUGGAGAUGAUCUGGUAAACCAUGUCAGCAAUCCCAGGUGCGCUUUGAUCACAAGCAUCCCGGCAGGUGCUACUGUUGAAUUCCAGUGUUCCGGCGGGAUGGAUGGCCGAUAUGUUACCAUAGUUAUCCCUGGAAGAGAGGAGUACCUGACCCUGUGCGAGGUGGAGGUGUAUGGGUACCGACUACCAACUGGAGUGAACCUGGCACUCCACGGAGAAGCCUCACAGUCAUCAGUGUAUUUUGGUGCCGUUGCAUCUAAUGCCAUUAAUGGGAAAAAAAACACCUGCAUCUGGGGUGAUGGGUCCCUCAGUGUCACAAACCAAGAGCUCAACCCCUGGUGGCGACUGGAUCUGCGCAAAACCCACAAAGUGUUUUCUGUUAAAAUAACCAACCGAUUUGAUGAUGUCCCAGAACGAAUCAAUGGAGCUGAGAUCCGCAUUGGAGAUGAUCUGGUAAACCAUGUCAGCAAUCCCAGGUGUGCUUUGAUCACAAGCAUCCCGGCAGGUGCUACUUUUGAAUUCCAGUGUUCCGGCGGGAUGGAUGGCCGAUAUGUUACCAUAGUUAUCCCUGGAAGAGCGGAGUUACUGACCCUGUGCGAGGUGGAGGUGUAUGGGUACCGACUACCAACUGGAGUGAACCUGGCACUCCAAGGAGAAGCCUCACAGUCAUCAGUGUAUCAGGGUGCCGUUGCAUCUAAUGCCAUUAAUGGGAAAAAAAACACCUGCAUCUGGGGUGAUGGGUCCCUCAGUGUCACAAACCAAGAGCUCAACCCCUGGUGGCGACUGGAUCUGCGCAAAACCCACAAAGUGUUUUCUGUAAACAUAACCAACCGAGCUGAGGAUGUCCCAGAACGAAUCAAUGGAGCUGAGAUCCGCAUUGGAGAUGAUCUGGUAAACCAUGUCAGCAAUCCCAGGUGCGCUUUGAUCACAAGCAUCCCGGCAGGUGCUACUGUUGAAUUCCAGUGUUCCGGCGGGAUGGAUGGCCGAUAUGUUACCAUAGUUAUCCCUGGAAGAGCGGAGUUCCUGACCCUGUGCGAGGUGGAGGUGUAUGGCUCUACCCUGGAUUAGCUAUAAAGUUAUCUUCAUUUGCAAGAAUUUAACUAAUGCUGCAUUAUGUACUCAUCUUAAGUUUGACUGUUCACAUGACAAAGAACCAAUAAAUGUGCAACAUGGAGCUUAGUCAGAUAAA